UGUAGGUACGUCUCUUGAAUCCUCAAAAAGCGCCAUCCAGCUCUGGAAACCGAAAGCCUCCACCUAAAACAACAUCAUCUCAAUUCUCAUUUGACAACUCCACCAAAACCAAAAAACACGAACACCCAAAAUUCAAAACAACAACAACAACAAACCCCUAAAUCUCGAUCCCUCUGCCGCCCCCGUCACCAUCACCGUCACGGCCACUCUCGCAUCCAACGGCCGCGGUCGUCCCCGAUCACCCCACCACCGUCAGGUAGUCAUUUCUGCUCCUAAAGCCUCGUUUCUUGGCAUUUCUGAGCCCGAAUUUGAACGGCUGGAUCGUGUAGUUCAAUGGCACAAUUCGACAAUAACGGGGAAUUCUCGGGCAAAUCCAAGCCCUCCUCCUCCUUGUUCUUCAACCGUUCGCUCACCUUGCAAGCGCCACUGAAACCCUACCUCCAGGCUGGUCUGGAACGAGCCGGGUCCGGUUCGUUGAAGCGGUUCUAUAAUCCCAUGGAAUCGGUCCGGUCCGCCGGGAAUUCCAUCAAAGGCAAGGUCAAGCAACUCUGCAGUCUCUUCGAGUCCCCGAAAAGCCCUGAGGAACCCAAUUUCAAGCUCAAAACGGCACCGAAAUCGGUCGAACCGGUUUCAGAUAUUCCCGCGACGAUCCGGUUACCCGGCACGGAGGACCGGAUCGUGGUUUACUUAACGAGUUUGCGCGGGAUUCGGAGGACCUACGAGGACUGCUACUCGGUGCGGAUGAUAUUUCGGGGGUUUCGGGUGUGGGUCGACGAGCGGGAUGUCUCGAUGGACUCGGCGUACCGGAGGGAGCUCCAGGGCGUGUUGGGAGAGAAGAAUGUGACUCUGCCGCAGGUCUUUGUGAGAGGGAAAUACUUGGGUGGCGCUGAAAUAAUCAAACAGCUAUUUGAAAUUGGCGAAUUGGCGAAAAUUCUUCAGGGGUUUCCGGUUCGGGAACCUGGGUUCGUCUGCGAGAGCUGCGGCGAUGUGCGGUUCGCGCCGUGUGCGAAUUGCGAUGGGAGUAGGAAGGUGUUUGAUGAGGAGGAAGAGAGGGUGAAGAGGUGCUUGGAGUGCAAUGAGAACGGGUUGAUUCGGUGCCCGGACUGCUGUUCUUGAAAUGGGUAUUUGUUCGAAUUGAAAAACUGUUGUGGUUUUUGUUGAUAAAUAUAUGCUUUCAAAGUGUUUGAUGAAUGGUCUAUUUGAAUUCCAAAAGUGUAUUUUGGAUGAAAAAGGUUUGGGUCAUCGGUUGGGGGACUGAUGAUUGUUCAAUUAGUCUCUUUGAACAGCAUUUUGGAUAAUAGUAUAUGUUAUUUCAAAGUGCCGGUUGGAAAACAUUGGGUUUUGGGUGUGUUUCUGAGUGUAUUUGAAAAAGAGGAGAAAGGGUGUCUCCUCUUAUAUCCUAUAUGGGAUUGUAAAUAUGUUAGUGGGAGUACUAAUUUAUUCAAAGGUUUGCAAAUGUUGUCCAAAGAUUUAUCUUAAUGAGAAUGGGUCGUUUUUAUGCCCAAUCUAUUCU